AUGUCUGUAUCUGUGAUAAUAAAAUGGGGCGGGCAAGAGUACUCGAUAACUACACUGUCGGAUGAAGACACAGUGCUGGACCUUAAGCAGUCUAUCAAAUUCCUAACGGGAGUUCUUCCUGUCAGACAAAAACUAUUGGGGCUGAAAGUAAAAGGUAAACCUGCAGAAGAUGAUCUUAAACUGGGCACACUUAAGUUGAAACCGAAUACAAAGAUCAUGAUGAUGGGGAGCAGAGAGGAGAGCUUGGAAGAUGUUCUGGCUCCUCCCCCUGAAAAUGAAGAAGUUAUCAAUGAUUUUGAUAUAGAAGAGGAAGUUAUAGAAGUAGAAAACAGGGAAGAAAACCUGGCAAAAAUAGCACGCAGAGUUAAAGAAUAUAAGGUAGAGGUUUUAAACCCACCUAGAGAAGGCAAAAAUCUGCUUGUAUUAGAUGUGGACUACACCCUGUUUGACCACAAAUCUUGUGCGGAGACUGGGUUAGAGUUAAUGAGACCGUAUCUUCAAGAGUUUCUCACGUCUGCAUAUGAAGACUAUGAUAUUGUUAUCUGGUCUGCUACCAGCAUGAAGUGGAUUGAAGCUAAAAUGAAAGAGCUGGGAGUGACAAACAACCCAAACUACAAGAUAACAUUCAUGCUAGACAGUGCUGCUAUGAUCACUGUGCAUACCCCUAAAAGAGGUGUGGUGGAGGUUAAGCCUCUGGGUGUAAUAUGGGGCAAGUAUGCAGAGUUCUAUAACAAGAAAAAUACUAUCAUGUUUGAUGAUAUUGGAAGGAACUUUCUGAUGAAUCCACAGAAUGGACUAAAGAUUAAACCCUUUAUGAAAGCACAUUUAAACCGAGAAAAAGACAAGGAGCUUCUCAAGCUGUCCCAGUAUCUCAAAGAAAUUGCAAAGCUUGAGAAUUUCUCAGAGCUCAACCACAAGCACUGGGAGAGGUAUCUUUCAAAGAAGCAGAGCCAAUAGAACUUAUCAGAGAUGAUGCUGUUGUGGACCUUUCCUUACAGGGAGUAGUGCUGGACACUGAAGAAAAUGCCCAAGCUACUACUCUUUCAUUACUCCUCAUGCAGGAUUCUCUGCUGUACAGGAAUACAAGCAGGGACACUUUUUUUUCUUUUUUUUUUUUUUAAAUCAGACACAGAUCCUGAAGGAUUUUCUCCCUAUAUGGUUUUCAUUAAUCUGGACAAUAUCAGCAAUGCAACGCAAACCUGCCUGUAUAUUAUGGUUACAGGUAACAAAACAUAUUUGCAUCCUAAUACAUUGAUACUGUUCACCAGUGUAAAGACAUCAUUAUGUGCCCAAAGGAAAUCUCCCUGACAGAGAGACGCACACAUGCGCUGAAGUACUUAAAAUACAGUAAGAUGGUAUAAAGUUAUCAAUUAUACAGACUUAUGUAUAUCUCUUAAUGGCUUUAUUGGUAAUCUAAAAAUGCGUUGUCUUGACAAGUCUGCAAAGAUUUUCUACUAGUAGUUGUUGCCAGCUGAUGAUACAAUUUUUAUAUAUAUAUAUAUAUAUAUAUAUAUAUAUAUAUAUACACACACACACACACACACACACACACACACACACAAUUAUUGUUACACUGUUUCCAUUUUGCAAGUGGAAUUCACCCAGUAAUGACAUUGGAAUUGAAAGCCAAUUUUACUCGUACUUUGGGUCAAUAUAUUUAUCAGUAAAGAAUGAAGCAAUAAGCUUUGAAGGGUUUGUAGUCGUGACUGAGUUUAGAGUAUGGAGUUCUGUUAAAAUAGACGUAUGAAUCGGUCAGAUGGCGGAUCAGGGUUGUGUCAUUUUAAAGAUGAGCGAUAUCAAGUAAUGAGAUGGUUUAUUUCAAGAGUAGCACUGUGUCUGGUUCAGGUUUCAUUUAUUAUUGGUUUACAAAUGUUAAUUUCUAAAUCUCUGUGUUUUUUUUUUUUUUUUUUUUUUUUUUUUCUGUUGCCAAGUUUGAGUUUAUUAAAAUAAUAAUAGGAGUUGGUCUAUUUUUGUAAGACCACACAAACAUCAGAUUCCAGCAGAUACUCUAAUGAUAUGUGGUCAAGAAUUAAACUGUUGUCAUAUUUGCAAAAGAACCCCUGGAAACUAGGGAUAUCUGGGACAUUUUAGUGUUAGAAAGAGGGUCCCGUAGCCAGCGUCCUGUCCAUUUACUGCCCCCAUCUCCUAGCCUCUGUAUUCACCUUGAUAGCACACCUCAUGAUGGGUUGACUCUGGGCAAGUACAUUUCUGUCAGUAUUGUAACCUGUCCAGGCACAUCCUUCCUAGGCUAGGAAGACACACUGGGCUGUUGCUGCUCAAAAAGCAGUUAUGGCUAAAUACAGCUAUGGCCAAAAGUUUUGCAUCACCCUAGGAUUUAAAAAAAAAAAAAAAAAGAUUUUCAUGUCACAUUU